AUGCCCGCGGUCUCGCGCAACUUUUCACCGAGGGCCGCCCUUCUCAGAACGCCAAAUCGACCGCUCGGGACCGGCGCGACCUGCGUACGACAGCGCGCAAUAUGCACAGCAUGCUCAUAUACGGCGAAUAUCGGACCAAUAUCCCGCGCGACGUUGCAUCGCGGCGCCCGCCUACGCACGGAAUCGCCGGAAAAUGCUGGCCCAGUCCCAUUCUCGCCUGGGCAAAGGAGGACGGCGUCGGUGGCUGCGGCAGAAACGGUUGAGAAUACCAACCCGGGGGACAUUGGCCCAAUACAAGAGUAUGACCGGCGAGUUGCCAGCGGCGUGCUUCGAAACGAUGAACACCAGAGAGGAAUUGUACAGAGUUUACAGCACUUACAUGAGGAGCUCCGGCACUACCACGCACCGCCCGUCGUCCAACCGACACUCGAGUCUCUGAAACCGAACAAGUCCCUGUUCUCAUGGUUGAGCGGCGGCAAGAAAUCCCCCAUCCGAUCGAUCCCCGGUAACCUCCCGCGAGGGCUCUAUCUAUACGGCGACGUGGGCUGCGGGAAGACCAUGCUCAUGGAUCUCUUCUACGACACGCUCCCGCAGAACGUCCGGUCCAAAACCCGCAUCCACUUCCACAAUUUCAUGCAGGGCGUGCACCAACGCCUGCACAAGAUGAAGCUCCAACACGGCAGCGACGUCGACUGCGUGCCGUUCGUAACCGCCGAAAUCGCGUCCGGGGGUAGCGUCCUCUGCUUCGACGAGUUCCAGUGCACCGACGUGGCCGACGCCAUGAUCCUCCGGCGGCUCCUCGAGUCGCUCAUGUCGCACGGCGUCGUGCUCGUCACCACCUCCAACCGGCACCCCGACGAGCUCUACAAGAACGGCAUCCAGCGCGAGUCCUUCGUUCCCGCGAUCCAGCUUCUCAAAAACCGACUGCACGUCAUCAACCUCGACUCGACGACCGACUACCGCAAGAUUCCACGUCCGCCCUCGGGCGUCUACCACACACCGCUCGACGCGCACGCCGCCUCGCACGCCGAGAAGUGGUUCCGCUUCCUCGGCGAUCCGGAGACGCCCGAGCCGCACCGCGAGGUGCAGCGCGUCUGGGGCCGCGACAUUGUGGUCCCGCGCGUCAGCGGCCGCUGCGCGUGGUUCACCUUUGCCGAGCUCAUCGGCCGCCCGACCAGCGCGGCCGACUACCUCGAGCUGAUGCGGUCCUACGACGCCUUCAUCGUGACCGAGGUGCCCGGUAUGACCUUUCGGCAGCGGGACCUGGCGCGGCGGUUCAUCACAUUUGUCGACGCCGUGUACGAGUCCCGCGCCAAGCUGGUGCUGACAACGGCCGUGCCGCUGCAGGAGCUGUUUGUGUCGCGGGCCGAGCUCAAGGAAGUGUUGUUGGCUAAGAAGAGGGAUGGUGCGGGAACAGAUAUGGAUGACGGAGCGGUCGAGGAAAUCAUGGGCCAUAUGAUGGAUGAUUUGGAGCAUAAUGCCGAGGCGCUGUCCAAGUCGAAUUUGUUUACGGGCGACGAAGAGGCGUUUGCCUUUGCGCGUGCGCUAUCGAGGCUGAGCCAGAUGGGGAGCAAGGAGUGGGUGGAGCGGGGUAUGGGGCUUGAGAGCCAGGGCGGAAAACAAGAGAGGGAUAGUUGGGCGAGGACGAGGAGCAAGCAGGCGGAAGACAGCAUGUGA